UCUCGUCGAUGUUUCCGUUUUCGUUCGCUUGCGCUCUGUUUCCGAGAGCCCGAGAAGCGAUCAAACCCUCGCGCGCGCGCUCUUCUCCUCCAUCAAUUUGAUCCUAAUUCGAUCCCCCAUCUCCUCGAAACUCCCAAAUCAAUCAAUCCACUGACGUUCCUGCUCGAUUCCUUGCUUUUCCCCCUCAAAUUUCGACCCUGAUUGAUCGAUUUCGUGUCAAUAAAAGCCUGUUUAUCGGCUUUGUUUGAUGCUAUGAUGCUUUGCUUGGUGUAUUGGAGUUUGAGGAUUGAAUAAUGAGGAUUUCUGGGUUGAUUGAGAGUUUGGUGGCUUACUCGCCACCUUCAUGGGCAGCGGUCAUCGCCGGGAUCUUUGUGGUCACCUCGCUUUCGCUGUCGAUGCUCCUUAUAUUCGAGCACCUCUCUGCGUACAAAAAUCCUGAGGAGCAAAAGUUUCUGAUUGGUGUCAUCCUGAUGGUUCCCUGCUACGCUGUAGAGUCGUAUAUAUCAUUGGUCAGUCCAUCAAUUAGUGUUGAUUGUGGUAUCUUACGUGAUUCCUAUGAGUCAUUUGCCAUGUAUUGCUUUGGGAGAUACCUUGUAGCUUGUUUAGGUGGGGAAGAGAGAACUGUUGAAUUUAUGAAGAGACAAGGUAGUUUGAGUUCGAAUGCUCCCCUAUUACCUCAUUCUUCUGAAAAAGGGCUCAUACACCACCACUUCCCAAUGAGCGUUUUCCUAAAACCAUGGAAAAUGGGUGAAUGGUUUUACCAGCUUAUAAAGUUUGGAAUAGUUCAAUAUAUGAUAAUAAAGACUCUCACUGCCAUUCUGGCUGUGAUUCUUGAAGCAUUUGGUGUGUAUGGUGAAGGAGAAUUUACAUGGAAUCGUGGGUAUCCGUACGUGGCAUUUGUUCUUAAUUUCAGUCAGUCAUGGGCCCUGUACUGUUUGGUUCAGUUCUAUACCGCCACAAAGGAUGAACUGGCAUACAUAAAGCCUUUGGCAAAGUUCCUAGUCUUCAAAUCUAUUGUAUUUCUGACAUGGUGGCAAGGUGUGGGAAUUGCAUUAUUUUAUACUUUGGGUUUGUUCAAAAGCCCAGUAGCUUUCAAAACAAGCAUACAAGAUUUCAUCAUUUGUAUAGAGAUGGGCAUUGCAUCCAUUGUUCACAUGUAUGUAUUUCCUGCCAAGCCAUAUGCAUUAAUGGAUGAUCACUUCCGUGGAAGUGUUUCAGUGCUUGGAGACUAUGCGUCUGUGGACUGUCCGCCAGACUUUGAUGAGGUUAGGGAGAGUGAGCGGCCUACGAAGCUGCGAUUGCCUCAGCCUGAUGCUGGUGUCAAGAGUGGAACAGCCAUCAAGGAGAGUGUCCGUGAUAUUGUUGUCACUGGUGGUGAAUAUAUCGUAAAUGAUGUUAAGUUCACUGUUAACCAAGCAGUGGAACCCAUGGAGAAAGGUUUCGCCCGGUUCAACGAGAAGUUGCAAAAGAUAUCUCAGAACAUAAAGAAACAUGAAAAGAAAAGGACCAAGGAUGACAGUUGCCUCGGUUCAACAUCACCAACAAGGAAGGUUAUCCGUGGGAUCGAUGACCCACUUCUGAAUGGAAGUGCAAGUGAUAGUGGUGUUUUCAAGGGGAGAAGACGUCGCCGGAGGUCAGGGUACACCAGUGCUGAAAGUGGAGGAGAGAGCAGUGAUCAAGGUCCCGGCAGUGGGUUUGAAAUCCGGGGUCACAGAUGGAUUAUCAAAGAUUGAAACUAUACGUAAACAUGUAUAAAUCUGUCCCUGCAAACUAAGGGAUGUUAUGAUUUCAGUUGUGAGUCUCAAUGCAAUUCUUUGAUCUUAUAUUAUAAGUGUAUAUUAGAAUUGCUCUUGUUUAUUGAUAUGGCGUUCAUUUGCUUGUUGUAUCAACAGUAUGAAGCUGUCUAUCUUCAUGGCCUUACUUGAGCAUAAAGAAGUGAGGUAUAUGAUGAUUAUGGAAAUUCAAUGAUGCACUGUGGUUUUUCCAUA